CCGUCGGGAUGGAGGUGAGAAGACGGCCGUGACGCGCGCCAGCGCGGUCCCCUGCACACCCAACAGCCCACAGCGCUCCCUGCCCCCCUCCUCCGCGGCGGCUGGCCCUGCCGUCCAGUGACAGCGGCCUGGGGGGGCAGGGGGGGCGGGGGCGGCCGGACCAGCGAUGCCGGCGGGCAUGACAAAGCAUGGCUCCCGCUCCACCAGCUCGCUGCCGCCCGAGCCCAUGGAGAUCGUGCGCAGCAAGGCGUGCUCGCGGCGAGUCCGCCUUAAUGUUGGGGGCCUGGCGCACGAGGUGCUGUGGCGCACGCUGGACCGCCUGCCCCGCACGCGGCUGGGCAAGCUCCGCGACUGCAAUACGCAUGACUCGCUGCUUGAGGUGUGCGACGACUACAGCCUCGAGGACAAUGAGUACUUCUUCGACCGCCACCCGGGCGCCUUCACCUCCAUCCUCAACUUCUACCGUACUGGGCGGCUGCACAUGAUGGAGGAGAUGUGUGCACUCAGCUUCAGCCAAGAACUUGACUACUGGGGCAUCGAUGAAAUCUACCUGGAGUCCUGCUGCCAGGCCCGCUACCACCAGAAGAAGGAGCAGAUGAACGAGGAGCUCAAGCGUGAGGCCGAGACCCUACGCGAGCGGGAGGGCGAGGAGUUCGAUAACACGUGCUGCGCGGAGAAGAGGAAAAAGCUCUGGGACCUACUGGAGAAGCCCAAUUCCUCUGUGGCUGCCAAGAUCCUUGCCAUAAUUUCCAUAAUGUUCAUCGUCCUCUCUACCAUCGCCCUGUCACUCAACACGCUGCCUGAACUACAGAGCCUUGAUGAGUUUGGCCAGAGCACAGACAACCCCCAGCUGGCCCACGUGGAGGCUGUAUGCAUUGCAUGGUUCACCAUGGAAUACCUGCUGCGGUUCCUCUCCUCACCCAAGAAGUGGAAGUUCUUCAAGGGCCCACUCAACGCCAUUGACUUGUUGGCUAUCCUGCCAUACUAUGUUACCAUCUUCCUCACCGAAUCCAACAAGAGUGUGCUGCAGUUCCAGAAUGUUCGCCGUGUGGUCCAGAUCUUCCGCAUAAUGCGUAUUCUCCGCAUCCUUAAGCUCGCACGCCACUCCACUGGCCUUCAGUCUUUGGGCUUCACCCUGCGGCGGAGCUACAAUGAGCUGGGCUUGCUCAUUCUCUUUCUUGCCAUGGGCAUCAUGAUCUUCUCUAGCCUUGUCUUCUUUGCAGAGAAGGAUGAGGAGGACACCAAGUUCAAAAGCAUCCCAGCCUCUUUCUGGUGGGCUACUAUUACCAUGACUACUGUUGGGUAUGGAGACAUCUACCCCAAAACUCUCCUGGGGAAAAUUGUGGGGGGGCUCUGCUGCAUCGCAGGGGUCCUGGUGAUUGCUCUUCCCAUCCCCAUCAUUGUCAACAACUUCUCUGAGUUCUAUAAGGAGCAGAAGAGGCAGGAGAAAGCAAUCAAGCGGAGAGAGGCUCUGGAGAGAGCCAAGAGGAAUGGCAGCAUUGUGUCCAUGAACAUGAAAGAUGCUUUUGCCCGAAGCAUUGAGAUGAUGGACAUUGUGGUGGAGAAAAAUGGAGAGAAUAUGGGUAAGAAAGACAAAAUACAAGAUAACCACUUGUCACCCAACAAAUGGAAAUGGACAAAGAGGACACUGUCCGAAACCAGCUCAAGCAAGUCCUUUGAAACCAAGGAGCAGGGAUCCCCUGAAAAGGCCAGAUCAUCUUCUAGUCCUCAGCACCUGAAUGUCCAGCAGUUGGAAGACAUGUACAAUAAGAUGGCAAAGACCCAAUCUCAGCCCAUUCUCAAUACCAAGGAAUCGGCAACACAAAGCAAACCAAAGGAAGAACUUGAAAUGGAGAGUAUCCCCAGCCCCAUAGCCCCUCUGCCCACUCACACAGAAGGGGUCAUAGACAUGAGAAGCAUGUCGAGCAUUGAUAGCUUCAUUAGCUGUGCCACAGACUUCCCUGAGACCACCAGAUUCUCCCACAGCCCUUUGGCAUCACUCCCUAGCAAGACUGGGGGCAGCAUGGCCCCAGAGAUGGGCUGGCGAGGAGCUCUGGGCACCAGUGGCUGUAGGUUUGUGGAAGCCAACCCUACCCCUGUUGCCAGUCAUCACUCUACUUUCCUCAUUGAGAGUCCCAAGAGUUCCAUGAAGACCAACAACCCCUUGAAGCUCCGAGCACUUAAAGUCAACUUCAUGGAGGGUGAACCCAGUCCAUUAGUCCCCAUUCUGGGGAUGUACCAUGACCCUCUCAGGAACCGGGGGGCUGCUGCAGCUGCUGUCGCUGGACUGGAGUGUGCCACACUCUUGGACAGGUCUGUGCUGAGUCCAGAGUCCUCCAUCUACACCACAGCAAGUGCUAGGACACCCCCCCGGUCACCUGAGAAACACACAGCAAUAGCAUUCAACUUCGAAGCAGGUAUCCACCAGUACAUUGAUGCAGACACAGAUGAUGAGGGGCAGGUGCUGUACAGUGUGGACUCCAGCCCUCCCAAGAGCCUCCCUGGGAGCACCAGUCCCAAGUUCAGUGUCGGAACAAGAGCAGAGAAGAACCACUUUGAAAGUUCCCCCUUACCCACCUCUCCCAAGUUCUUAAGGCAUAACUGUAUUUACUCUACAGAAGCAUUGACUGGAAAAGCCCCCAGUGGUCAGGAAAAGUGCAAACUCGAGAACCAUAUCUCCCCCGAUGUCCGGGUGUUGCCAGGGGGAGGAGCCCAUGGAAGCACACGGGAUCAGAGCAUCUGAACUACCCCAUGUGGAGGAGAGACUCUGGUGAGGUCCAAAGAGGAGUGCUGCUCAGCUCACCUGCCACAGAGCUUUUCUGCAUGAACUCUAAAGCAGAAAGGCUCUGCAAAGCCCCUAGAAAGAAGAGAGACUCCAGAGAAAGCUCCCUAUGACCUUGAGAGCCAUGGCAGGGCCAUUGGAAUGAAAUUGGCGAAGCCAUAGGACAUGGCGCCUCCUUGUAACAACUCCACUGCCCUCUUUGGGAGAUGACAUGAGCAGAACUCACAGCCACCACUACCACAUUCUAAACAUAGCCAAGGCCACCUGUUCCCCAUUCUUCUCUCAUGACUCUCCAUCACACACCUCUGAUCCCUCCUGGCUUCGGCCGGAGAAGGAUGCUGGAACACGUGGCUGGUAUUGAAAAAGUGAGUUGACCAAUUUGGUUUGGGUGUUGCCUGGCCACCUCUAGAAACUCCUGUCUAUCACCUUCUGGAUGGAUCCCACUGUUAGAAGGCGUCCAGGGAAUGCUUGUGUCUUGGAGAAAUCUCUGCGCUAUAAGCCACAAACCCGGCGCAAAAUCCUACUCAAAAGUCUCCAUUAACUUCAGUAUUUCGUAGUACCUGAGAUGUUAUUUUGAGAUACUAUCAGGGUGAGUUGUACCACUUGUACUCAAUUCUAAUUGCCCCCUGGCGAUCUGGGAAGGGUUCUGAAGGCGGGCACUCAGCCAACAGUGUGAACUCUGAACGUUGCUUUAGGGUUGUAGAGGGAAAACGUUUUCUGUGCAUCACUAGUGUAGGCUCAAAAGAUAUGCAAGUGUCAAACAUGCAAAAGAAAUAGCGUAUUCAAAGAGACUAUGCUACUGAAGAACAGAAUAAAAUCAGAUUUUUUUUUACCUGCAAAAACGAAAGGAGAAAAAAUCCCCAAUUGAAACGCCCUGUUCAGACUUUUGAAUACUUCCUGCUGUGGCAGGGAAAGCAUCUACUAUAAUAGAAAUUCUUUUUUUGUUUCCUGUGGUAUUCAAGUUUUUUAAAAAGUUAAAAUAAAAAGCACUUUAUGUUUUUCAAAAAUAGGUUCUACCAGGGACAGUGUCACCAUCUUGCACUUUAAAAGAAGCACUAUUUCCCAUGGGCCACUUUUUGGGACUGUAGUCAGGUUGUUGCUACGUGCCUGUGUCUGGCCACAGUGGGUGAUAUUGUGCUGGUAUUGCUGUCUGCCAUGUCAAAGUCUGUGGGCGCCUUCCCUGUCCCUCUGAAGCUUCCCUUAAGCCCCCUGGCAAGGAAGGGUGCCUGGCCCUUGAGUGUGGCCUCUCAUAAAGUCAAGUGUACAGGAAACAGGCGCAUCUCAGAAGAAGACAGUAGAUGGUUGGGCAUUGGGUGUUUUACUCUGUUCUCUUGUCAACCAACUGUUGGUGUGUUCUCAGUGUCACAGUCUGUGUUAAAAGCUCAGCUCUCCUUUCUGUAGCCAUCAAUGCAGCCCAUGCAGACAAAAAGCAAUAAGUAUUUGUGUGCAUCGUGAGCGGUUCUAGUACACUACUUGGUGUUGGUGUUCCUGUCCCAAUUUGGUGCACCGGCAUUGGUCUGCUUGAUUUCAGCCUGACAGCAUGGUGUUGCUGGCUGUCCCUCGGUUCGGUAACAUUGGGUUGAGCCGCUGGUUAGCAUGAUGCCAUGCUGUUGGCCCAUCUGUCAGUAAAGAUGACAUGUUAUUGAUCUGCCUGUUUUUAGUGCAAUGGACUAAUACAAUUUUGAUGGAUGAUGUCCCAAAUACAAUAGUGUAUAUCUGUCAGUCAUCAAUUGUGACAGGCACACGUCUUCCUGGUGGAACAAAACAUGGUGUUGUUCAGCUGUCCUUCGUACAAUGUGAUUGAUCUGCCUGUUACUACAAUGGCAUGAUCCACCUGUCAGUACACAGAUAUCACAGAGUCGUUCUGCCUGCCCUCCACACAAUGGCAUGAGGUCGGGCCACCUGUCCCAGGUAUGAUGACAUGGGGUCAUUCCACCCCCCUCAGAAAUGUGUGUUCUUUGCUGAAUAUGCACCUGAUUCACAUUGCUUCUCGGCCUCUCCAAGGACUGUGGAUCCCUCCAAGUGGGGACGGUCCUGUCCUUUGCUGCAUUAACAAAGAAAAUGUGUGCCGGAGUAUCUUGACUCCGCCCAAGUAUCUUCAGAGUACUCUGGAAGCAAAUGCAAAGGGACUUAAGAAUGAGGUCAUCCUGUGCUAGUGACACACCAGAGAGAGGAAGCAGCAGUGCUCCCCGGGGGCUCUGCAGCGUGGGCCGGGGCCCACGAGGAAUGGCCGCGGAAAGUCCUCCCUGGACCAUCUCAUGUGUCUCUUUGUUUUCAUCACCAUUUACGUCCGCCAUCAGCACAAAUGUGAAAAUUCAGGGAAAACAAACAAAUGCUUUUUGAUAAAAGUAAAUAGUUGUGAUUUCUGAUUCAGAUAUUUUUAGAGCUGAUGCUAUCUGUAAAAAUUAAUAAUAAUGAUAUAGUCUAUUUUACAUAUCAGGAAAGCGAACAUGUUUAAAUAUAGCCAUAUAUAGUGAGAAGGAACUUACCACCCCUUCUUCAAAUCAAAGCAUUUCAUCUGUUGGUUGAAGCAGACAAGAAGUGUACAGAUUGGAAAUUCUUUCUUUUCUUUUCUUUUCUUUUUUAAACUAAUAACCAAUUGGUGCAACUCUCCUUGUAACCAAAGGCCCUUUCUGCCUUGUGUGGUCACGCAGGACCUGGCCCUUCCUUCCUCGUGUGUUUUGUCUGACCUAAAAGUAGCAUUUUAUCGAGUCACUUUUGAAGGACGAAUUCAGAAGUAUCAUGAAGAACCUACCUUUUCAGGCUGAAUAGCCGGAUCCUAUAGAGUUCUUAUAGAAACAGAAUAAUUGAAACUCAGCAUAUACUAUGCUUAGAAAGUAUUGUGUUCUAUUUUGGUUUUUUCUUUUUCCUGUAUAUGUAUCAUGGGAAUAUAGCUUUUACCCUGUGCCCGAUGCAAAAUAGAGUGCUGUGAGUUUACCCAGGCCCCCACCUGCCAAAAAGGAACAUACUGAGAUUUUUCAUACGUGUACAUUCUACCUGUACCUGUGUACAUGCACUAGGAAAUCUACCCACGAGUCUCCACUGAGAAGCUAACCUUGACCAAUGGGUGUUGAUGGAGGAGAGGAAAGCGAUGGUUUCGAAGCAGAUACCACUUUACCUUGGUGGUCCAUGUCCCACCCAUUCCUGAACCAAUGAAAGCGUGGGAAAAAACAAGUCAACCCAAAGAAACGAAACUAGGGGCUGGAGGAGGACGGAUGCCUGGUCCCUUUGGCAAACUCAGUGAGACUCAUCCAGAACCCAGCUGAACUUGACUUCCAACUUCCACCAUUAUCAGAAAGGGCUAGGGACCAGGUCGCUUUGCAUCCCAGUCACACAGGGGGAGAGUCUGUGACCAGCGGAGAGAGGUGGGCACGCUCUGGAGGAGUCCGUUUCUUCACCUUUUUCUCUUUGGUAAAGAAGAACAACAGGGCUUCGGUGCAGUAGAUUUCUCGGUGCCUUCUUUAGGAAUUUUAUCUUAAGCACACUUAGUGGGGGGAGGGGGGGGAGAACAUUUGUUCCUGCGAAGCCCCUUCUCUAAAAACACUGGGGGUCAAGAACGAGGAGUGAGAUGGGGAACAGCAAAUCCUGAGUCCAUUUCCUUUCCACCCGCCUGGCUUGUCCCUGAGAAUCGCUGGCAAUACAAACCUCUGCAAACUGAUUCCAGACCUCUCGUCCACCGUGUCUUAGCAACCGUAGCCUCGCCUCUGCCCUUCCUCCUAAUAAGAUCCACCUUUCUAAGGAGAAAAAAAACACACACAGCAGUAUUCUCUUCUGUAGAGCUGUAAUGUAUUGUUGAUGUUUGUAACUAUUGUAUAUCUCUGUCUUGCUCCAAGUCACGGCUGGAGUGUCUAAUCCACGGGCAAGGGGGAAUUUAAAAUUCACCAGAGAAGGGUCACUAAAGCCAGGUGUCUAGCCCUCUCCUUUCCUUAUUUCUCUGCCAGCUGGUCCCAGGCUUCAGUCUCCAAAGGAACUUUGAAUCAAACGGGAGUGCGUUGAAACACCUCUAAGAUUCUUUUGGAAAAGGACUUUUUCUGUGGCUAGGAAGCUGGCAGGAGAAAGAAGGGGGCUCACCUGUGUCCCCCAGCAGGACAGUGGAGAGCCUCCGGCCCUGAGCUGAACUUUUCUUGCCUCUCACUGCUUAUGUGACAGCAUCCAAAUGCUUUCAAUCAGCCAGAGUCACCCGAAGCAGCCCUGACUACACCCAGAAGUAAGAGUUACCUGUGCAUUUUCUGAUGCCAUUUUUCUGGCUCUAGAAGACUCUGAUGUGUGACUACAUCAUAGGUUGUUCAUGCAUCUCAGAGUAGUCUAUUUUUCUGUCCAGAUACAUAUAUGUAUUUUCAGCAAAUUUACAAUAGGGCCGUUGAGUCUCAUUUCUUUUGUGAUACAGAAUAACAUUUCAGGAGGUUUGUUGCUGGUCAGUAUCAUAGCUGAUAUUUUCCGGUGGUUCUCAUUUACUCCCACUGUCCCUUGGGCUGCUUUUUUUUUUUUUUCUUCCUUUUGAUUCUGAAUUUCUGGGGAGUGGGAAAAGACUUUAGGGUCUGCCUUCCUCAUGCAGGCAUUUCCUGACACUAGACCUGGAGUCUGUUGACACUGUUACUUUCUUCACUCUGUCUGUGUUUCUCUUAGUCGCUGUUCUUAAGAAUCCAGGGCACAGGUGCAGGCUUGAGAGCAGAGGAUGGAAUGUGGGCUGGUUUCACUUAUUCCCACACACCUGUGGAGAGCUGAGGGGGCUGACUUUUCUCAUCCCCAAAGAUUCUGGAACCAAAAAUCUCGUGCAGUCAAACAUCCCACUGGCAACUCUGAGAUCCAGGACAUACCCAAGCUCCUCCUGGCUGGCCUGUGGCCACGUCCAGUGCUCUGCUCCCUAUAACACCAAUUGGAUCUGAAAGACGGAGCGUUUUCUGGUUCCUGAGAACCUUGGAGAACAUGCUGGGCUUCAGAUCUCAUCAACGUUUUAUCAGUUCUUCUUGUCACUCCCUUGCCAGCAACCUCACCAAGAAACAGUGGCCGGCCAGGCCUGCAGCCAAGCCCUAAGGAGACAUGUACCCAGAAUCUGCCAUCUCAUCUCCCCUUCCCUUGGCAGCUGCUGGCUUCACAGAGCCAGGGAUUCGUGGCAAAGGCAGCUUCCACUACUCUGGGCCUCAGGGAGUUUCUGUCCUGUCCUGAUCAUCAAUUCCACCAGGUGGUUUCCAGCUCACAAAGCAGGAUCUUCAGCAGAAAGUGGUUUUUCCAUCCAUCAGCUCAUGCAGGAAGAUGAAGAAAGCUCAGAUCAUCUCCAACUUGCAUUCAUUUAGGUUUUCAUAUCCCACCUCCCUCACUGCCAGCUUUAGGGCUCCCACCUCUGCCCAAAUCAGAGAUCUGAGCCACGUCAGGACCCCCCGACAGCAGUGAACCACCUCCCUUGGAACAACCCCAAGAGGAAACCAAUCCGAGUAUGAAUCUAUUAUUCGGGACUAAGACCCUAAUCAAAGUUUUCCCACCCCACAAAUUCCUGGUAAUCUGGUUUGUACCAGAGCCAAACAGAACAGGCAAGAUUUGUUAAAACUUCUGCACAAGAACAAAAAUAAAAGGUGUUUUUUUUCCCCCCAGUAAUUUGCUAGGUUUGAUGCCCAGAGAAGCAAACAACCUCGCCUGUGGCUGUUUUGAACUAGAAAGAGGUUGUAUAGUUUGGUUAUCCUUGCACUGUCCCUGAUAUCGUCUUAGCCUGGAAUUUCUUGGGAACUCCCCACAAUUCCAACUUGAAGAAAUGGAUUUGGGAGGGGCUCUGUUGAUGGAGCAGCCCCUCACCUUCACCUCUAACUCUAACUCUUCGGUCCUCCCCACAAAGAUUCUGAAAAGACCUAAAGGCUGGCCAGGAUGGGGUGGAGUGGGGCAGUCCACCCUGAGAAGAAAUCACCUACCUGCAGGAUGGCUGCAGGUGGGUCUCUGAACACUCCUCUGGCAUGAGAGGGACAGGGAGAUCAAUUUCAGCUCAAAUUAAGAAAAGCACUUCUAGUAGGUGGGGCUGCCUAACCAUGGCUCUCGAUGCCAUGCUGGGUAAUGAUCUCCGUGAGGCCACACGUGUUUAAAGAGAGGCUGGAUAAUGCACAAAACGAAUAUUGCAGAGGGACCCUACCAUUGCAUAGCAACUGAACUGAACAACCAGGGAAAUUCUCUUUCCCCCUCUUUCUGUUUCCUGGUGUGUGUGUGUGUGUGUGUGUG